AUGGCCGAAGGCAAAGGAGGCAAGGGGAAGUGUCACUCGUCGGAGGGGAAACAUAAGCUCCUUCCGAGUCCCCCAUCUGAGGAUUUUGGGGACUCAGAGUUCUCUGAGGAGGAAUUCUCCUCGGGGGACUACGGCUCGCCGACCCCGACAUACCCUGCGACGUCGUCUGAUGACUCGGACGAUUCUAAGGGGUUAUCGAUGGCGGAGCGGGCCUACAUCUGGUCCGUCGAGCGCGUGGGGCUCGGGGGAUCAGAUGACUUGGGGGAGGACUCCUUGGAGAACUCCUCGAAGCAAGAGGAGGACUCCGAGGAGGGCGGCGACAGCGGCAGUGAGGGUGACGAUGACGGCGAGGGCGAAGGCGACAACGAUGGAGGCGAUGGCGAUGACGGUGAGGGCGACAACACCGAUGUUCUGAAUGUACUAGUUGGAGAGUCAUCUAGGUCUGCUCGAGUUGAGUCUGCGGAUGCUGUUAUCGGGCGUGUGUGCGAUGGACAGAAAAGAAUUUGCAGCCCUGGUAGCGCUCGUCGCAAGCGGACACGCUGGGUAGGCUCCUUGGCCAUGUCCACCGAGACGAAGAGGAGAAAAGGAAAGCUUUGGCGCUCAUCCGGCUUAGAACUGGAGGCUGACUCCACUUCUCCAGACCUUGGUAAUGACGUGGCGAAUGUCGAUCUUGAAGAUGACGUUGAGAGUUGCGGUGGCACUAGAGUUAGUAGGUAUGUUUUGGAGGAAGAGGAGGAUGAAGAGGAUGUGCCCUCCUUGGUUCACAGGAAUCGUCGCAGCAAGGCCAGCAACGAUGUCCCAGACCAAGCCGUCUUAGGCCUGGGUGGGCACGCCGUGUGUGCGGGGGCGGUCCAGACGGACACGUCGUGUGUCGGCGGUCCAGUUCCAACACAAGCGUCCCACUAUCUGUGCCUCUUCCUGGCUCUGAUCCUACCGCUCCUGCUCCUCAGGCUACUCAGGGGGCGCCGCAGCGACAGCGGCGUCCGGCUGCCGCCCGGCCCAUGGCGGCUGCCGGUGAUCGGCAGCCUACACCACCUCGUGGGCAAGCCGCUGGUGCACCGCGCGUUCGCCGACCUCGCGCGCCGUCUGGACGCGCCGCUCAUGUACCUCAGGCUCGGCGAGGUCCCCGUCGUGGUGGCCACGUCCCGGGACGCCGCGCGCGAGGUCCUGCGGACGAACGACGUCACGUUCGCCACGCGGCCGUGGAGCCCCACGAUGAAGAUCAUGAUGCAGGACGGGCUGGGCAUGGUGUUCGCGCCCUACGGCGACCACUGGCGCCAGCUCCGGAAGAUCAGCAUCCUGGAGCUGCUCAGCGCCCGCCGCGUCCAGUCGUUUCGCCACGUCCGGGAGGACGAGGUGGCGCGCCUCGUCGCCGCAGUCGCCGCCACCGCACCAGGCCAGCCCGUCAACGUCAGCCACCGGAUCGCCGUGCUCGUCGCCGAUUCGGCGGUGCGCGCCAUGAUCGGGGACAGGUUCAGCAGGCGGGACGAGUUCUUGGUGUCGCUCGAGGAGGGGCUCAAGCUCGUCUCCGGGUUCAGCCUAGGCGACCUAUUCCCGUCAUCGCCGUUUAUGAACUUCCUCAGCGGGACGGCACGGCGAGCGCAUGCGAACCAUAGGAAGAACUUUGAGCUCAUGGAAUGCGCCAUCAAGCAGCACGAGGAAAGGAGAGCCCAAGCGGCGGUGAACGGCGCUGCUGUCCAGGAGGAGGAAGCAGAGGACCUAGUGGACGUGCUCUUGAGGAUACAAAAGGAUGGCGGCCUCGACAUGCCUCUCACAAUGGGAAUAAUCAAAGCCGUUAUACUUGACUUGUUCAGCGCUGGAAGUGAGACAUCAGCAACUACACUGAACUGGGCAAUGGCGGAGCUUAUGAGGUGCCCGGAUGUGAUGAAGAAAGCACAAGCCGAGCUACGCGACAGCCUCAAUGGUAAGCCGAAAGUGACCGAAGAUGACUUGGUAGAGAUGAAAUACUUGAAGCUCAUCAUCAAGGAAACGUUGAGGCUGCAUCCAGCGGCGCCAUUGCUUGUGCCAAGGGAAGCAAGGGACUCAUGCAAGAUCCUUGGGUACGACGUGCCAAAGGGCACCACGGUGUUCGUGAACGCGUGGGCCAUUGGCAGGGAUCCUGAGUAUUGGGAUGAUGCUGAAGAGUUUAAGCCUGAGCGAUUUGAGUGUGGCACGGUCGACUUCAAGGGCAUGGACUUUGAGUACAUACCGUUUGGUGCCGGUAGAAGGAUAUGCCCUGGGAUGGUGUUUGCACAGGCCAAUAUAGAGCUCGCGCUGGCUGCGCUGCUCUACCACUUCGACUGGAAGCUCGAAGAGGGGCUGGAGCCAAGUGAGCUGGACAUGACUGAGGACAUAGGCCUCACUGUUCGAAAGAAGAACGACAUGCUUUUGCAUCCCAGCGUUAGAGUGCCCCAUAAAUAUUGAUGACUAAAUGGACCAGCACUAAGCAUGACAAAUCUAGCAUGGCCAAGCACCGCAUUAUGUUAACUAAUAGUUUCUGUGUCGGCAUGGACCAGUGCAUAGCGUCGUGUUUAGGUUACUACCUAAAUCUCUAGUGUCGGUUGAAACACGACACGAUUAAGAAGCAGGCACUAUUGAGUCGGAUUAUAUGAUAAAGUUGUAAUAAUUUUUAGACUUGAAUAAUAGAUUUGUAACUUAAAUAAACUCAGAAGGACUCUUUUUUUCUAUCUAUCUAGAGUUUUCUAAUGAGGUGUGAGUGUUUUGAUAGGUUUUAAAUGAGGUUGUCAUUGCAAUUAAUAGCUUAGUUAAUGUAUAUUUGAUGCCUAUCUGUAUCAGAAUAAUUUUUAUUCGUU